CUUCAUAUCUCCCCUCCUCAUCUUCCCCUCGUACUCGAAAUCGUGCCCCCUUUGCUCCAAUCCAUAUAUAAUUAUAUCUUCAAUAAUUUCUGUUUCGCAUAUCCGACUUACCUAUGGGGUGUACACGUAUACAUACAUGUGAAAACCCUCACUUUUGACAGCCUCACUGCCCGGUUGCACUUCACCUUGGCUUCACCCCUACUGCCAAUGCCUUCGUGAACUCACAAACUCACUGCCCCCCCAAUCGCACAAGCCAGCGCGAGCGCAAGGCUCAAAUAUCCGUCUCGUCUCAUCCUCAUCGACCCCGCCCCACCUUUCCCCAUGAAAUCCGUGUCGCGAAUGGCCACAACGGUCAUACACAAGGCCUCGCAUCCUCUCUCGUCGUCGUCGUCCUCGUCUGCUUCUGCGAAUACCAAUACCAAUCUUCCCGCGCCGAACCGCAACCACAAUUCCGAAAUGGAGACGAGUACGACGACCACCGCUAGAUCGGCGCAGCAGGAGAAGGAAUUCGUCGCUCAUUAUGCGAACAAAACACGCUCGUUAAAAACGGAGGAGAUCCAGGAGGAUAAGAGAAAUAAGGCAUUGGGCCACAGCUCAAAGAGGUUGUCCGUCAAAGACUUCGAGCUAGUGAGGACUUUGGGGACUGGUAUGCCAUCUCCCCCUUUUUUCGCGCUGUUCAUUGUUGCACGAACGCUUGUGCUCCCGCUUUUCGCAUGUGCGGUCGCUUUCUGCGCAUACAUGCGUGGAGAAUUUUUGUGCGAGGGCGGGAAUGUGCAGGGCGCAUCUACUUGAGAGAAGGGCUCUUACUGAUUCUUGUGGGCAGGCACUUUUGCGCGGGUAUGGCUAGUACGGCUUGCGAAUGCGUCCGAAGAAGAUCGCGAUAAAGUGUUUGCGCUGAAGGUUCUGAGAAAGGUGGAAGGUAUGUUUAUACUCAAUUGCGCUCGUCUGCUCGAGAAAAUUGAAAUCAGGAACUAAUUUGACAAUUGUGUGCAGUGAUCAAAUUGAAACAAGUAGAUCACGUCAACCAUGAGCGUUCAGUACUUGCCGAUGUAGCCGGACACCCUUUCAUUACCACAUUAAUCACCUCAUUUUCCGAUCACGAUUCCUUAUAUAUGCUAGUAAGCAAACAGCCUUGCCCUUUUCGCGGGAUGAUAGCAAUUUGGAACAGGCACUGACAACAAGACUAGCUGGAUUACUGCCCUGGUGGUGAAGUCUUCUCCUACUUGCGAAAAGCGAAACGAUUUGACGAGAAUACCGCACGAUUUUACGCGGCAGAGAUAGUUCUAAUAAUUGAAUUUCUACAUGAAAAGGAGGGGGUCGCCUAUCGAGAUUUGAAACCAGAGAAUUUACUACUGGAUGCGGAUGGGCACAUAAAACUGGUAGAUUUUGGGUUUGCAAAACGACUUGGAAACAGUGAGUUUUUCUUCUUAUUGUAUAGAAAAGGAGGAUGAAUGACAUGGGAUUGGGAGCCGAAUUAAUUGGUAAAAUAGGAGAGACAUAUACGUUAUGCGGAACUCCAGAAUAUCUGGCCCCAGAAGUCAUUCAAUCCAAAGGCCAUACUACCGCCGUGGACUGGUGGGCACUAGGAAUUCUUAUCUACGAAUUCAUAACUGGCUACCCGCCAUUCUGGAAUUCCAACCCCAUAGAAAUCUACAAACAGUAAGUUUUACUGCUCGUCUCCUUUUUCCUCUCGCUGACAGCUUUCAGAAUCGUAUCGAGAUCAGUUCACUUCCCCCAAGAACCUUAUAUUUCCUCCGAAGCCAAAGACAUCAUCCUUCAGUUCUGCACAGUAGACCGUUCGAAAAGACUUGGAAAUAUAAGCGGAGGUGCGGCACGAGUCAAAAGUCAUGCGUUCUUCAAGGGUGUUCAAUGGGAUGAGGUUUAUUAUCGAAAAUAUCGGGGUCCAAUCAUACCGCCUGUCAGAUAUCCGGGAGACACGCAGUGUUUUGAUCAGUACCCAGAUGAGAAGGCUGGCCGAGAACCUUACAAUGAUGAGUUGAAGCGGAAGUGGGAGCACCAUUUCGAAGACUUUUAGGGAGGGUUGACGAUACAGAGGAAUAGUAAAAGCGGGCAAUGAGCAAUGAAAGGAGAUGAAGAAAUGUAUUAUUGAUUACGACGUUAUGAAGAGACGUUUCGUUGUUGGAUUUGGGCAGUUUGGGGGUGGGGGAAAGCCUGGGGUCAUACCUAUACAUACAUACAGAGAUGUUUUUUUGUACUGUACUGUACAGAACAAGGAUGGGUGUUCAA